GAAAUUACGUGACGUCAUCAUGGUUCCCAUUUGCCAAGAAUGUAACCUUGGAUUUUCCUAAAUUAAUCUUUUACAUACGCUAAUUUACAUGCCAGAAGAAUUGACAGUAAAUCCUUCUCUAUCUCUACCUUUAUCAGGAUAUCUUUUCUUUAAGAUAAAAGCUUUAUUUCCGAAAUGUCGAGGCAUGAGGGUGUAAGCUGUGAUUCCUGUUUGAAAGGGAACUUUAAAGGAAGAAGAUAUAAGUGUUUAAUUUGUUACGAUUAUGACCUGUGUUCUACAUGUUAUGAAUCUGGAGCCACAACAUCCAGACACACUGCAGAUCACCCAAUGCAGUGUAUCCUUACAAGAAAUGAUUUUGAUUUAUUUUAUGGUGGUGAAGCCAUGAGUUCAGAUCAACCACAGGCCUUUACUUGUCCCUACUGUGGUAAAAUGGGCUUUACAGAUGCAACUUUACAAGAGCAUGUUGCCUCAGAUCAUGUAGAAGCAUCACAAGAAGUGGUAUGUCCAAUAUGUGCUUCUUUACCUGGUGGGGAACCUAACUAUGUGACAGAUGACUUUUCGGAACAUUUAAGUCUACAACAUAGGACACCCAGAGAAUUUGAUGAACCAGCAGGAAUUCGUCAUGUAAGAAGAAUACCACAUCCAGGAAGGGGAACAGUUGGGGGUACUAGAACAAGGCGAACAACAAACAUGCAUUUUUCGGGGAACACAGCUUUGUCGGGGCUUUCACCAGGGGGUAGGGAAACGAUGGAUCCAAUAGCAGAAUUAUUAUCGCAGCUGUCAAGUGUGAGAAGCCGAGCAGCAGCAGCACAAAGUGUAUCCUCACAACUACAACAGCUUGAAAUGCAGCUGCAAUCAACCAGGAAUCCAAACCAAACAUCGUGGAAUGCAAAUACAGUGCUCAAUUUCAGACAACAGUUAGAAAGAUUACCAAAUAGACGACAAGUAGAAACAAAUAAAAAUAAUGCUGCUGGUAGUAGUAAUAAUGCCAGUGGUGAAAGUCAGAGUAAUAGUAGCAGUGCUGCAAAGAGCAACUCUCCCUUUCUUCUAGCCAGGUGCUUUGAUUCCCAGGGUUGGACGGACUCAGACAAAAAGUAUGAGGAUGAAAGAAGUGAUAAAAGUUUAUUCAUACAAGAAUUAUUAUUGUCAGCAUUGACUGAACAAUUUAAGAUUUCUGAAGAGGAUUUAGGAUCAAAAGACAGUGAAGAGAAUGUGAUAGAAACCCCUUUAAAUCCUACUCCUCAAAAGACUACUAAUGGACAAAUUAAAGAAGUGGCUUCCAAGUCUUCUAUGACAGAAAAGCCAAGUCAAUCUACGGUACCGAAAGUUCAACCAUCUACUCGACCAGCCCACAGUAUGUCUGGUGGAGGUAGUGUAAACAACAGUGGGAUUCGCCACAGUACCAUGGCCUCACCACCAGGUCCCAUGUACGGAAAUAUUUCCGGUUCUAAUCAACAUGGCCAAAUGGCUGGUGCUGGGAUUGGUGCCAGCAAUCCCCAACCAUUACCAGGAAGGCCUGGAUCAAGAGACAGUCGGAUGAAUCCGGCAGCUGCUAAAAAGACAAUGUUUAAGCAGCUUCCUACUUCUAAAGCCUCUGACCGUGAGCCCCCUCCUCACUGAAGAUUGUUGUAAUUGUUUUACUAAUUAAUGAAGUCCAAAGAUGGAUGAUCACACUUAUUAUUAGAAUAUUUAUUUUGCUUCAGUCUUGUUAUAAAAAAUGUCUUAUUACCCAGUAAAGAGACCAACAGGGUUGAGAUGAUUGACAGCUUAUUUCAAAAAUGAGCUUUACGUAUAUUUCAUUUUUUUUAAACUGAUAAUUGAAACAUGUUACAGAGGUGUGCUAAAUUUCUUGUUUACUGUGAUAUGAUGUCAAGCUAUAGUUUGUAUGUAUUCUCAAGUGCUUUCAGAUGACAGGGAACGUGAAUUAGGAAUCGAGAUGAGCUUCACUGCCUGUAAGAAGCUUUAGUGCAAACACAGUAUAUAUGUACAUGUAAUAUACAUCUCUGUAGUAAUCAUAUGUUCUAUGUGAGAUCUAAAUACCAAUGUUUAAACAGAACAAUUCUAAAAACUUCAAAUGUAGACCUACUGUUGGAAUAUUUUAACAAAACGGAGAACCUUAGCAAGAUUUGUUGUCAUUGUUUUUACAGUGCAAAAAUCAAACACUUUUAAACUGAUAUCUGCUUGUAUAUUUUUCUUUUUCACUUAAAAGUAUGAUACAACUACUUGUUUGGCCCCUCAAAUAAUUCAAAUUCAAAAAGUAAUUUAAAAUUUACAUCUUUCAGAUGUUCAAAAGCCAUAAUUCUGUUUCAUGAAAGCAUACAUGGGACCAAGGAAGACACUGCAGUCUCAGCUAUGUGUAUAGGUGUUUUGGUACAGUGAAAUUGUAAGAGAAAUGCUUAAUUUUCCUGUUUAGGUAGCUCCUUGAUUUUCAAAGUACCUUUCCUUGUUACUAUGUAUGUUUUAAUGGAAAAGAUCCCAAAAUAGCCAUAUUUUGAGAUUUUGUCAUUUAUGUUUAGAAAGGAGCCAGGUCUUAAGCCAGAAAAGAUAUUUUGCUGUAAGAUGUAUUUUACAAAGAUGUUAAUGUGUGUAAAAUAUCUUUUGAGUUUACAUAAGGUCUUGGCUCAUAUAUAAUUUUGUUUAAAACUAAGUUUAAAAGUGGCCAUUUUGGAUCAAAUAUAUCAAUUUUGACAUAUUUAUAACAUCAGUGACAUAGUGACACAACAAGUGACUUUUCUGUAUGAAAGUGUCCAGUUUUUGCUAUCACGGCAACCAACGCCAAUAAUAGAAACAGGUACUUUCUUAAUUUCCGUAAACUAUUUCAAAGGUCUUAUUCAAAAGAACAAGGAGAUGUUGUCAUUAGCUAUUAUCUUGAAAAGUAUAAUAGAUUCAGAAAAUCUAAUGAGGCUAAAAUGUUUAGAAUGUCAGGAUAUUCCUGCUAUCUGUUUGUACUAAAAUAAAAACUCCUUAUAAUCGAUUUUAAAUAGCUUUUUAUGUUCUUGAAAAUUAUGAUAGAUAUAAUAUGACAGAAACUGUAUGCAGCAAAAAAUUAUGUACAAAAAUGCCAAUAUGAUGAAACUUGGAGGAUUUGUAAAUAAUUUGUUUUUCCUGAUUUUUUCGUAAAUUUCAAAAUAGCAUAUUUUUUCACAUGAGCAAUUUAGACUCCUUUGAGCAUCUAUUUAUGAUCCUUCGUUAUUGUAAAAAUUGAGGAAUACAAAUAGUUUGUUAUUUUCUGAAAGUUAUAUUUUUCAAUGUCAACAGCUGUUUUCUGUUUGCAGUCAUACACUGGUGUUUUGUCAUUUCCUAUUUAUAUUUGUUUUACUAUCAGAUGAACUUUUUCCAACCUUUUGAGAGCUAUAAACACUUAUUUUAACUAUUUCUAAAAUAGUUACACUUGGAAAUAUGAUGGAAACAGUAGAGUUUUAAGUUCUACAUAGAAAUUUAUGAUCAAUCAUUUUAGUAUUCAUGGUGUAAUUGUUCUAAUCAUUUAAAUAAAUUAUUUCAAUCUCUAAGUCAUCAUACAUCAGGUUGUACUAUACCAAUAUUCAUAUGUAAAAAAUUAUUACAGUCAUAUAUUUAAUUAACAUGCAUCUUAAAGAUCUUUCCACAAAAAAUUAGUGUUGUAUUUUUUAUUCAAGUAAAAUUUGAUUUAAUUUGGUAUUUGAGAAUUCUCAAUAGCUUGAUCUCUGUCAAAUAUAAUUAAAUUAAGAUACUGUAAAUUCAGAAAUAAGUGUGUGCAUUUUUUAUCGCUGAUCACUGAUUACUGGUAAAAAUUUGAGAUGUAAUUAAUGCGAAAAAUCUUGUGAAGGAACAUCACUACUGAAAUUAUAAAUGCAAGCUUUUCUUAUCGCCAACAUGGUACUGUCACAUUUUUCGCAUUAAUAAAAACAAUAAUUUCUGAACUUACAGUAGUUGAAUUUGAAAAAAGGUGUUCAGUGUUGUCAGACUUGGUUGCUUAAAUUUUAAAUACGAACUGAUUAGAAGUUACAAACACUUAUAAAGUUGAAGCUGGUCUUUCUUGUCACUUUAUACUAUGAAAGUGAAAAACUAGCUACUUAAAAAAAAAUUUUUUAUUUUAUAAAGAUUGAUUAAAGAGAUGUGUUUUUACAUGAUAGGGAAGGCAACAAUAUUUAAUGUUUUGUUUAUUCAUCGCUUUAGUCAAUCAUACAAAUUCAGUGUCAUGUUUUGUACAUUUUUCUGGUUAAGUUUAGUGAUAUUAUGACAGAUUACCUCCCAUGUUAGUCUGGCAUUGAAAAUUUUCACAUCUUUCAUCAACGCAUCAAGAGUCAAGAUGGCGAGUUAAAGGAGAAAUUUAAAAAGGCAGUGGCCUAUAAAAUGCAUAAGAGUAUUAAGAUGAUAUUUUGUCAUUAUGUAAAGGAAAUGAGUUGCACAUACAGUUUUAACUAGUUUCUGUAUAUGUGGGUGGAAUAAUAUUGAAAAAUAGGUCAUUCAAAAUGAAUGUCAGUUUCUCUGGCCUGGUGCAGAAACAUACAUAUUUUGUACAUGUCAGCUGUUUACAUUUGAGAUUUUACUUACUGACAAAUUUUUUAAAAUGAUAGUAGACUUUGAAUUUACUUAUGAAUGAAAAAUUGUUAUACAAAUACAAUUAUCAUGUUUAUUGUCCAGUUAAUAUGCUUAUAAAGUUAAUAAUAUUCUUAAAUAUUAACCAUUUCAAUUCCAUUCUUCACUAAUUGACAAAUCUGGAUCAUUUCUUUGUAAACCUUAAAUCCAUUAGAAUUUUAAAAUCAUAUUUGUUCAUGAUUUUUUAUUUUUAUUUAAAGAUUUGGUUGCAUUUUUUUUUUUUUUCAUUUUAAAACCAAAAGUGUGAAAAAGAAAAAAAUGAACAGACUGACUUUGGGAUUACAAUAUUCCCCGAUCCAUUAAAUUAAAAGGUUCUUGAAACAAUAUUAAUUUUGAUUGGCCAUGAAUUAACAAACCUGUUGAUGGUUAUAAAUCAUUUCAUUCAGAGAAUAAGAUGUUCAUCAAUAGUGUUUCCUGGUUAAUUAUUUUUUUAAAGUUAAAUGAUUACAAGUAGUGUUUUUGGAAGUUCUGUUUUUGCUCUCCCUUGCACUUCUGUUUACAACAAAAUCUUAUCACAUAUUUGGACAGUAAUAGUUAAAACCAAAAGCUACAUUAGACUGAAUAUGGAUGCUAAAAUUUCAUUUUUUUAACAUAUAUCAUGAUAAUUAACAAAAGAAGCUGUUUAAUCCUCCCACUUAUAUAUAUAUGCUUAUAUGUAUUGGUAAAGAUUGGUUUUGUGAUAUCCAUUCCAAUGAUAUUUUAUAGAAACAUUAAGACCUCAAUUUAGAGUGGAAUGAACAGAUUUGUCCUUGAUAAUGAUUAUAUAAAGAAAAGAUAAUAAUUGGAUGAUAUAAGAUAUUUAAGCAUCAUUUUUCCUGUGAUAGUACAAACAAAGUAAAAAAAAAUUGCCUGUGUUUCAUAAAAAUGAUUUCAUGCAUACAGUUGAAAGUAGCCUAUACUUCAGCUACCAUACAACAUAUAAAUAUUUAUGGAUAGUUUUCCUUGUAACUUCACACAGAAGAUACAAACUUUAAUCACAUGUGUACAUGGUAUAUACUGUGAUAGGGAGAAACCCUAUCUCAUUGUUUAAUGAAUUAACAGGUCAAGUUACAAGCGUGGAGAAGUUUGAAUGUUAGAGGAGAGGAUGAUGAAUGUUCAUAAAUUGUUUGAAAUGGAAUUAAAAUUAUAAUAUA